AGCGAAGGAGCCCGGGCGAGGGGGGGCCGUGGGGAGGGACCCCCGAGCGCCCUGGCAGCCCGGAGCCCCCCGCCGCCGCCCCGGGGGGCUCCCCGACCCCCGCCUUUCCCCCCCCCGCCGCCCUGGAGGGCGCCCCGGGCCCGCAGCCCCCCCUGCCUGAGAAGCGGCCCCCGCCGCCCCCCCCCGGCGCCGCGGGGGCGCCCGGGACCGUCACCUUCGCGCAGGACACGUCCCGGUUCUGGUACAAACCCGGCCUCUCGCGGGAGCAAGCCAUCGCGCUGCUCAAGGACGAGGAGCCGGGCGCCUUCCUCAUCCGCGACAGCAGCUCCUUCCAGGGGGCCUACGGGCUGGCGCUCAAGGUGGCCGCGCCGCCCCCCAACUGCGUCACCCCCAGCAAGGGGGACCCCCAGGAGCAGCUGGUCCGGCACUUCCUCCUGGAAACGGGGCCGCGGGGGGUGAAGAUCAAGGGCUGCCCCAAGGAGCCCCAUUUCGGGAGCCUGCCCGCCCUGGUGCUGCAUCACUCCAUCAGCCCCAUCUCCCUGCCCUGCGCCCUCCGCAUCCCCAGCCAAGACCCCCUGGAGAAGCGUCUGGAGGUGCCCGUGCCCCCCAACAUGAGCACGGCCGCGGACCUGCUGCGCCAGGGAGCCGCCUGCAGCGUCCUGUACCUGGGCUCGGCGGACACGGAGUCGCUGACGGGGCCGCAGGCGGUGGGCAAGGCGGCGGGCGCCGUGCUGGCCCGCGGCCCGCGCCCCCCCGCCUGCCCCGUGCACUUCAAGGUGUCGGCGCAGGGCAUCACCCUCACCGACCGGCAGCGCAGGCUCUUUUUCCGCCGUCACUACCCCGUGGACAACGUCACCUACUGCAGCACAGACCCCCAGGACCGCAGGUGGGGGAACCCGGAUGGCACCACAUCGAAGAUCUUCGGCUUUGUGGCCAAGAAGCCGGGGGGCCCGUGCGCCAACGCGUGCCACGUGUUCGCCGAGCUCGACCCCGAGCAGCCGGCCGCCGCCAUCGUCACCUUCGUCACCAAGGUCAUGCUGGGCACCCACCGCAAGUGACCGCGGGGGGCGGUCGCUGUGCCCCCCCCAUGGAGCUGCUGCCCCCCC